AUGUUUUCGAUAAUGUAUAACUCAAGUAAUCACCAUCAUCAUCAUCAUCAUCAGCAGCAGCAGCAGCAGCAGCAGCAACAGCAGCAGCAACAGCAACAGCAACAGCAACAACAGCCGCAGCAACAUCAUCUCCACCAUAAUCACCAUAAUCAUUAUGACUCGAGCAAGAACAACACGGCUAUUACCGGCGGUGAAUACAGAUCUACGGGAGAGCUUGCGGACUUGCGGUACCAUCAGCAGCAGAGUGAACUGAAGCCCUUAUCACAUCAAGAACAAUUGGGUUUACUGCAGCUUAACCAAUUCCACCAAUUCAGCCAAUUGGGCCAGUUGGGCCAAUUCAACCACAAUUUGCAAUUGCAAGAGUUUCUGCGGAACCAGCCGAUACUCCUUUCGCCGCUUGCCCAACAGACAUCCACUAACCAGCAGUUAAUGCAACAACAACAACAGCAGCAACAAUCACAACAUUUGCUUCAGGUUCCAGACUCCUCCUCUUCAGCCGUGCCUAUACUCCGGUCUUCGCCCGAGACUUUCCCCAAUCUCACGGAACCAAUGAGAAAAUCCAAAAGCAUCAACGACUACCCCACCAACGACAAGGAAUGCCAAUUCUGCCGCAAACAAUUCAGCCACAAAGGUUCCCUCGUGAGACACUUGGAUUCCAAAAAGGGCGACUCGUUGCACCCUAUAGAUGAGGUCCACGAAUUGAGAAAUAGCCUGCUAAGGAGGAAAAGCGUCGACCUGCCGACACAAGUGGGUAGUAGCUCCACCAAGAGCACCACUAUGCAGCGCUCCAACUCGCUCAACAUCAAAAGCUCUACACGCAAGAGAAAAGUCUCCAAAAAGAGUAUGGCGAGGUCGCAAAUGUCGAGCGACUCUGCCAAUGGCCAGAAGGAAAAGAGUAAAUUGAGGCGGAAACUUCGUGAUCGAAGAAUCAAGGCCAAGAUUUUAACCAACGAGUGGUUUCUUAGCCAAUUUACCAAAGAAAACCUCUCUGAAACGGGGCACAACCUAGCGCCUUCGACUUUUUGCCAUUUUGUUGCAUUUUACGUGCCUUUGAAAAACUGGCCCUCGCUAGCGUCGGGUUACCCGACGGAACACAAUUUGGAGGAAAUUGCUAUCCAACUCAAGAAUCGCAGCCACGACAGUUUUAUCCCCGAGGUCUUGAACCAAAGCUUUCAAUUAUACCAACAGUUGGAUGCCUCGCAACAGAGGAAAGCCUGGCUUAGUCAAGUGCAGCAGUGCCUCAUGUCGUCGAUUAGCGAGUUUUCGCUCUGCGACUUGAACAGCGUCAAUUCGCUAAUCGACAAGAAAGAGCAAAAAAUAUUCGAGAGCAUUUGCGCUUCUGAUAAUCUAACUGCUUUCGUUGAUGUUGACGACAACCCAACUCUUGAAGAAGAAGAAGAAAACGAAGAGGAAAUUGAAGAAGAAACUGAUACGUCUCCGCCAAUGGCGGAUCCGUCGCAGUCAAAUUUAAACACUGCCCACCACAGCAGCAAAUACAUCCCGCAACUGCUCAACGCCAACACCACCUCCAACUUCAAUGAUUUCAGCGCGCCUCUGUUCUAUUGA